ACCAUCACGUAUGGACUUUUGUCAAUUCAUUAGAUUUAAUCAAACUUCCUCCGGAUUCAUAUAAUCAAAGCUGAUGUGAGAUGUUCACAUUCACAAGAUUUACCCCAUUUAGAAAUUGAAUUUGACCAAAAUCUAAUUUGAGUCCAAUUUAACAAACCCCAAUGUGAACAGGGCCUAUGGCUUCACAUGUGCAUUGGGUGGGGUUAAUUGAUUGUUGUUUGUGGGUUGCUGGGCAGAAUGUGGUAUAAGGCAGUGAUGUCACCUACAAAUAGUUUUAACCUCCCACCACCUGUGUUAGAGUGUAUCUGUUUGCCACGAUUGCAACCUCUGACACCAAUUAACAUAUCCAGCUUUGUUUCCUCAACUGUAGAAUUAGUUCCCACACUUGUACAUCAUCACAUGUGGGUGGAUCCUGUGUUAGCUGAGCCAGGUUAACAAUUCUGCCAGUGUUUUCUGCAUAACUGAACCGCACUAGCUACGUAUGUAUGAUUCACCAGUCUUGAAUGUAGGAGGGGACUUAACAUUGUAUCCAAUGGCACUUUUACUCUCAUAUGUCACAGGAAUGUGAGCACUGAGCUCUUCCCCAAGCUUUCGCCCACAGCACUUAAGCACUCGAGAGGAAUGCAUACCAAAAUGUUUACUUUUCUACGAUGUCAACCAUCACAGGAAGAAUACUGAGAAAAUGAAAUGUACAUGUAUUUCCUUCAAUACCUCCUUUAUACUCCAUAGAUAUAUGCAGUCUUCCUAGAGCCUAAGGCAUUGAGUUGUAUUUGAUGUUCCACUGAAUAUACUGAAGUUGAUAUUUGAGAAAUUCUUCUUAAUCUGAAUUUCAAGCCCUGGAUUUCAAGGAGGAUUCCAUUCGUGUGUAAAGACGAUAGAUGGAGUGAGCAAUAUGCUGGCAUAAUUGUGCAGUUCCAGUAAUGCACAUUAAUGCGACAUAAUUCCACGUCACUCACUUUUCAGCAGGUGUGUGUAUGAGAUAACCUUAUGGUAAAAGCUCAGUCUACAUUCACCACCACCUGGGUUUGAAUAGUAUAAAUGUGGUAUUGAAAAUGUUAUAUGGAUUUAAGUUUAUCCCUUAACAUUCACUGAGGUGCAUAAUCAUAUCACCUGCAUCGUUAAUAGACUGAUGAGUUGUAGCAGCCAGUCAACAUCAUUUGAAUGGUCCUUAGAAUUUACAUUGUUAAGUGUAGACAAAAUGUUUUGCUCCAUUUAGAUAUAAACGAUAACAUUACAUUUUGUGUUUUCAAGUUGUUUUGUGUGGAUUAAAUGAAAUAAUUUAAUCCACACAAGGUAAAGCAAACCACAAAAUGUAAUGUUAUUACAGUGAAUAUUUCAUAGCUGAAAACCUUAGACAUGAAUAAGUAGACUUUAAUUGUCUACAUAACCUGGGGUUGUAUUCAGUUUUAGUAUUUUGAGUAUCAGAGGUGUAUACUCACUUACAAAAUGUUUAUUUGGAACUUGGUGUGUUUAAGAAAACUUACAUAGAUAAGUUAGUACAGACAGACGGACAAAAAGCAACACUGGUUGGGGGUGAUGUGACCUUGGUGACUGAAGGCAAGGUGCAGAGUAAUAAAUAACUCAUUGCACACUUUCCCAUCAUGCCUUGACAAAACAAAUUGUACAGUAGCUGCUAGUCCAAGUUCCAGUCUUAAGGUCACAAUUGAACAUUUUACUUACCCAUAAUUCCUCAUUGAGACAGAUAUUUUGAAUAAAAGACGUUGUUCAGGAAACAGUCUUUGAAAUAAAUGAAAAUCGAAUUAUAUGCAGGUAUUUAUCCUGAAAAGGUGACCAAUAGAAAAUGUUAGACUUUUGUUCUUGCUAGGUUUCAGUACUACUCGUGUGGUAUGUAUGGCGAUACGUCAGUUCUGUACAUUCUAUUGUGCAUGUAGCAUUUCCGGGUAAAGUUACCUUUGACCACCACAGGAGGUACAGCAGUAUCUAAAGUGGACAGAAAACUACGGUAGACCAUAAACACAACAACAAAAAGAAGAACUACAUGUAUUAUAGUCUUCUUGACCUUAAAGAUCAACAUCCAGGACAAACAGGAGCGAUUAAAAAGCCAUCUUGAAGCUGACCUACCAAAGACUUCCGAACCAGUCAUGCCACUAUCCAAGUUAGCCCAACUGUUCGUUAAGAUUUCUGACAACCUGUCAAAGAAAGAUGUCAGAAAUCUACGUUCUUUAGUAGUUCAUGAAGGGAUUCUUGGCAAGGCAAGAGUUGAACGUGCGACACCUCUGGAAAUCUUCAACAUGUUAGACGACAACAGGACGAUAGGAGAGGGAAAUCUGGAGUUCCUUGAGCAGCUUCUAAGGAGUUUUGGGAAGAAAAAGUUGGCAGAUGAAGUCAAACUCCUUGAACAAGAGCAGAAAACAAAAGGAAACAGCCAAUCCGAUGAAGCUGCCAAACCAACAGCAGCCUCCCCAUCAACACAUUUACCAGCAGCCGCCGAAUCAACUGGGUCCCCUCAAACAAAGGAGGCUAUCCAAUGCACAGGAACCACCCAAUCAACAACGGCUAGUCAACCGUCAGGAACAACCCAGUCAUCAGGAACCUCCCAAUCUACAACAACACCCAUCCAAUCGGCAACAACCGGUCAACUACCAUCAGAAACCAUUCAAUUGAAUAGAAAAACUCAAUCGCAUGGAAAUAGCAAAACGUCAGAAAACAUCCAGUUCUUGAAUUCAACAGCUGCAGAUGACCAGGACACCCAAGUCAGCUUAAAUCACCUACAUAUCGAACUGAACAGCCCCCACGUGAAACAAGACAAAGUGCGCCAGUUUGACCUGUACUGUCAGAUAGGAGACCUCUACAGGACGAAAGUACACCUGUUACAGUCAGCUCUGAAGUACUACCAGAAGAUGCUCGAGUGUUCGCAGGCACUGUCAGACGACACAAAACAAGCCGAGGCCUACAACAGAAUAGGUUUGACAUGCAACAUCUUAGGGAUGCACCAGAAAGCGUCUAUAAACUACGACAGAGCUCUAAGCAUCUUUAAGGCGACAGGAAAGCAAACUGACACUUGCACAGCUUACAAGAACCUGGCAUCAUCUUUGGCAAUGUCAGGCCAAGUAACAGACGCAAAACGUCAUUAUGAAUCAGCCUUGGUUGCUGCAACAGAGACAGGAAACAAGACUGAACAGUUAGAUAUUAACUGUAAGCUAGGUGAUCUACACAGGGAACAUCUAGAGGAACCACAAGUCUCACACAUGUAUCACACCGAGAUGUUGGCACUAGCCAGGGACUUGGGGAGGAAGGACCAGGAGGGUCAUGCUUACAACAGACUGGGUUUAUCUUGUGAGGACAUGCAGGACAACAAGUCAGCUCUAAAGUGGCAUCGGAAAGGCCUAAAAAUCAGUCAGGAUGACGGAGACAAGAAAGCGCAGAUAGCAGCACACACAAAUGUGGGUAAUACGUACAGAUUAUUGGGUAAACAGGCCCAGGCAACAUCCCACUUCGACACAGCCUUACAGAUGGCACAGCAGACAGGAGAUCAACAUGGCCAGAUGGACGUUUGCCUCAAGAUGGGUGACAUGCACAGGGAACAACUCCACGCCACACAAACAGCCAUGCAGUAUUAUGAACAGUAUCUUGCACUAGCCAGGCAGUUAAUGGACAGGAAUAAUGAAGGACUGGCUUACAACAGGCUUGGACUGACGCAUACUGACAUGGGAGAUUAUGAGGCGGCUCUGAGGUGGUAUGAAAGGGCUCUGAAGAUGCAGCAAGACGAUGCCGACCAGGAAGCGCAGAUGGUACAGCAUACAAACAUGGGCGAUACAUACAGGUUACUGGGUCAACUGGACCAUGCCAGAUCUCACUAUCAGUCCGCGAUGGCUAUUGCCAAGGCCACAGACAACGAACAGGAAAUAACGAACAUUGCCAAUGAGCUGACAAGCCUGUAACAAUGCUGGUUAGCAAUACAUAGCUAUAGAAAUUACAUUAUGUACUUUGCCACAAUGUAAAGUAACUUGUCUAAAUAUGUAUUACUUUGCCUUGUUGCCUACUACAAUGUUUCAAUUAAUUAUUCAAGUAUUUGAUCAUGAAGAACAAGUCUGUAUCAACAUGCAACAAAGAGUCAACAUGCAAGCAAAAUGUGGUGCAAGUAACAGUGUUAGUAAUUAGCACGUGCGAUUUAUGGAAGUCCACAUGCUAACCCUAAACCAAGGUAUUGCAUGACCAAUACUUGAAGUUCAAUUCAGUUGCCAAUACCUUCCAUUUAUUUUUAGAUUUCAAUGAAAUAAAAAAAAUCAAAUGAAGUUAUUGAUAGUGACUGACAUCAGCGGGAACGGCUAAUAUGAUCUAGUAUGUGGGACGGACCGGUAAUCCAUCAUUUUGUCAGGAAUUAUUUCUCGCCAGAUAGAUAGGAAAUAAAUCAUCCCGGGAGGCCUGGCCACAAGCAUGCUCGGCACGCACAUAUCAUCCAGGCAGAAGUUAUGCUAUACAUUUCGGAGUGUACCGACCCCUUAUCUCGUUUACAGAUAUCGGAUAACCUCAGAAUUUCACCGUCGACAGACGAUGGCAUCAUCGUCAUGGCCCCCUUUCCACUAGA